AUGGCUCGGCGUCAUGGAUGGGAACUCCCUGCUCACACUUUUCAGGUUGUGGCUAUAACGGUUUUUUUCCUGCUAACUGUUGCAUAUUAUGCCUUCUUCGCUCCAUUUCUCGGAAAGGACAUCUAUGAGUAUGUGGCUAUUGGCAUUUAUUCUAUCUUGGCACUUGCUGUAUUCAUACUUUAUGUUCGGUGUACAGCAAUUGAUCCUGCUGAUCCUGGUAUACUAGUUGAAGCUGACAAGACAUUGUCCUACAAAGCAAACAAUGAUACAGAUACUCGUGGGAAUGUGUCUUUCAAUAAUGGAGGAAAGUUGGAUAGGCAAGGUUCAAGUUGGUGUUCAAAAUUAGGAGGUUUCUUUUGUUGCUGUUUUGUAAGAGAAGAUUGCCGCAAAUAUGAAGAUGGUUUGCAGCAACAGGAACAAUCUGGAGAGGAUGCUCUCUUCUGCACUUUGUGCAAUGCUGAGGUCCGCAAGUUCAGUAAACAUUGUAGAAGUUGUGAUAAAUGUGUUGAUGGAUUUGAUCAUCAUUGUCGGCUUAUUGUUGAAUGUGGUGUUGGUAUUGCUGUCUUUGUUAGAUGCUUUGUUGAUAAAAAUGGUAUGAAAAGUGAGAUAACUGAGAGGCUGGGAGUUGGCUUCUCCCAGCCCCCCUUUGCCACUGUAGUUGCCCUGUGCACAGCUAUCUCCUUUCUUGCCAUUUUUCCUUUGGGAGAGCUAUUCUUUUUCCACAUAAUUCUGAUUCGAAAGGGCAUCACAACAUAUGAAUAUGUUGUUGCCAUGAGAACACAAAGUGAACAUCCUGGACCAUCUGUAGAUGGAGGUGAUCAGCAAAGUCUUCCAUCUUCACCAACCAGUUCUGCUGUUACUGCCAUAAGUGGAAGAAGCUCUCAUGGAAUGAAUUUGCACUAUAAAGCUGCUUGGUGCACCCCUCCAAGAAUAUUUAUGGACCACCAGGAUGAAAUUAUUCCACAUUUGGAGCCAGGACGCCUACCAUCCACAGUGGAUCCAGAUACAAUACAGCAGCCUGAUAAGGCAAAAAAGUUACCCCAGCGUCCAGUCCGAAUAAGUGCAUGGAAGCUUUCAAAGUUGGAUUCUAAUGAGGCAACCAAAGCAGGUGCCAAAGCUAGAGCAUCAUCAUCUGUGCUUCGUCCAAUUAGUUCUCGACAUCAACCAUAUGAGGCUGACUAUUUAUCGAGUAGCAAUGUGAGUGGAAGAAGCAGUCCAAUUAGUACAGAUCAGGGGUUCACCAACAGAAAUGCUAGAGCAGGGACGUCAAAAUUGUCUCCUAAGAGUUCAUACCCACCAAGUCGUGCUAGCAGAGAAGAUGUUGAAACGGGCCGUGGCACUCUUAGUAACUUUAGCAGUCCUCAUGUCUCUAGUCUCACCCCUUCGCCACUAGAGCAGAAAGCUUCAAACAUAGAUCAGUUCAACCCCAUUUAUCAGUCAUCAGUGGAUCAAUCUCCACGGUCAGCAAAACAAAGUGAGGGCAAUGAAAACAUAGGGCAAAUUCCUAUGAAAAGAGGUAACUUGAGUGUUGCAGAAAAAGUGGGAUCUUCAGUCUUUUGGGAUCAAGAAGCUGGACGAUUUGUCUCAUCUUCCAGAUCUGCAGGUUCCUCUUCUCAGAUUUCCGGAGCAGAGCUCACGUACACGGGGCAAUCCAUAUUUUUUGGUGGGCCUGUUAUGAAUGAGCAGCCAACCAGAGGGACAAGGAAUAUCAUCAGUUCAUUGGCUUCUGGCAUGGAUAGAGGUUCUACUACGUAUCAACAAGGUAGAUCCCAGAGGGGUGGCCAGCUUCCCGUGUUUCUUCCAAGCGAUUCCCAGCAAAACCAGUUUUCUUCUAGAUUGGUUUGA